AUGUACCUGGGAUUAUGGUACAAAGAUGUAGGUCCAGGUACCGUUGUAUGGGUUGGCAAUAGAAGAAAUCUAGUUAAUUGUGGUGCAUUUCUAGGACUAGACACAGGCGGUGACAUUUUUCUCCAAGAUUUUAUGAGAGUAACGGUAUGGAUUCAUAAGUCAAAUCAGACUGUUCCCAGGUCAGCCAUAAAGCUCCUGGAUUCAGGUAAUCUCGUAUAUGGAGAUUAUAGCAAUCUGACUGCUGGAGAGUAUCUGUGGCAAAGCUUUGACCACCCUUUUGACACAUUGUUCCCUGGAAUGAAGCUCGGCUGGGAGAAGAAAAGUGAUAUCGACCGAUCCAUGAGGUCCUGGAGGACAAGUUUUGAUCCAGCUCCAGGUGAUUAUUUGUUCAGGUUGGACUCAGGUGACUCAGGUCAGUUAUCCCAACUACUUCUUGAGAAAAAUCAGCGAAUACAAUCAAGAUGGGGUCCUUGGGAUGGAGAAAAAUUCAGUGGUGGUUAUGCUCUCAUGGAUAACCAGGCAUACAGACCAAUAUUUCAUUCCGAUACAGAUGCGAUGUAUUUCACAUUCGAAGCCAAAAACGACUCCAUUUUGAUACUUUCACUGAAUGCAGAUGGGAAACUACAGUUUCUGAGAUGGAAUAAUAAUUCUACCAAUAGCUGGGAUGAAGUGAAGACACUCAAUAUGGCCAUAUGUGACCAAUAUAGCUCAUGUGGCCCUUAUGGAGUUUGUACUGAUGGAGAUCUCCAGUGCGGAUGUCUUGAUGGUUUCACAGCUGCGUCACCAGAAGAAUGGUACAAGAUGAAUUUUACGCAAGGAUGUAGGAGAAACACAUCACUUAACUAUACUGAUAGACGUAUUUGUAAAGAACACCCGACUGAAGUUGCCUGA